UCGGUUCAACAUAUUGCAUAGUAUUCCACUUGAUGCUAUGCAUACUGUGUAUAGUUGUGCUGUUCCCUGGCUUUUUCAUUACACAUGGAUUGACGGCAAGAAAGUGAAAGGUGGAAAAUUCUCUAAAGCAUUAAUGGAUUCAUUGGAAUUGAAGUUGAAGAAAGUGAAAGGAUGUUUGCCAUAUGCCAUCCAGGUCAACAUUGGUACUAAACCAUUCAAGAAAUUUGGAAUCACCUGGUCGUGUGCUGAAAAGCGAAUUUUCCUCCUUUAUGUUGCAAUCGUUAUUCUCAGGCACCCGUUAAUGAAAGCCGAAGCAUACAAAAUUCUGCUUGCUUUUCAGCAUGCCGUAAUGUUGCUUGUUGGCUCUGGGCACAAUUUGAAGGUGCCAAAAGAACACCUCAGGAAAGCAAGAGAGAAUUUACUGUAUUUAGUUGAGAAGUGUCAAAAGUUGUAUGGCGCUGACUUCCCACGUUAUACGUUUCAUUGCUUGCUGCAUAUUGUCGAUGAUUUGAUUGCGAAUAAUUGUCGACUUGAGUAUUGCUGCAUGUUUCGGUACGAGAACUCGAUGAAAUUCUUUAUCCAUGUGCUCGAUGGAAGAGGCGGACAUCGUGUCCAUGCACAAAUCCGCAACAGCUUGAUGCGGAAAAAGAUUUCAAACAUUGUUCUGCCGCCAAUUUGUCAAAGAAGACGUGCUCUACUAAAAGGCGGACAAACAGGAGCAGAAACAAACAUUAUACACCUUUCGAACUUCAAUGAGAAUGAUUUUGGUGUCAUCAACACAAUUUCUACUGACCAUCCAUCAAAUAAAUUUUAUCAAAUGGGAGAGGAAGGAAACAAACCGAAUGCCUAUGAACUCCAAGUAACGCGCCAUAUGAAACGAUUAAUUUUUCGGGACUUUACGAUCUCCAACAAAUACCCGAACAAUGUUGUUCUCGUCAACAGUUCUAUUGGCAAGCCUAAAGUCUGCGUUGUUUCCGACAUGCGAUAUGAUGACGUUGAAGACAAAUUUAAAGUUUCAAUUUCUCCUUUCAAAAAACAAGGAGAUUUCUUUGAAGGAUAUCCGUGCAAUUCAUCAGAUUUCAAUAUUUUUCUCGUUUCUGGAGAUUUAAAUCAUGACAGAAAACGCGAAGUUAAUGCAGACUGCAUAGAAAAUCAGUUCGUCUGCCUCUUAUAUGAGAAAGAAGUUACUGACAUUGAUAUCAAUGCAAAAGAACAAAUUCAAUUUAACACAAAAAAUGCACAGUGGGUAUGCACUCCUUUGUUCCAUGUUAUAAAUUGUCAGUAAAUCUAUUUUUCCAUGUAUUUAAUAUAAUAAAGAUAAUAAUAAGGUAAAAACAUUUGUGUAUUAAAUUAAAAAUGC